GUUCACACGGCCAGAACAUCCGCGGGAGCCGGGGUGUGUUGCUGCGCCGCCGCCGCGGCCGAGGGUCUCGCGGUCACCGGCGCCCCCGCCGACAGCGCCGCACACGCGGAGCGCCUUAUAAGGCAGAACAGUGACGUAACGCCCAUAGGCCGGGCGCGCUCAGCGCCCCGCUCGCAUUGUUCGGGCGACUCCCGGAGCGCGCACAGCCGGCUCGCAGCGCGGCACGACAGCGGCCCCGGCCCGGCCCCCGCCCGGCCCCGGCACAGGCAGCUCAGAUUAAAGAAGCUAACUGAUCAAGAAAUCAAGUCUCAGGAGGAGAAGGAGCAAGAAAAGGAGAAAAAGGUCACCACCCUGAAAGAGGAGCUGACCAAGCUGAAGUCUUUUGCUUUGAUGGUGGUGGAUGAACAACAAAGGCUGGCGGCACAGCUCACCCUUCAAAGACAGAAAAUCCAAGAGCUGACCACAAAUGCAAAAGAAACACAUACCAAACUAGCCCUUGCUGAAGCCAGAGUUCAGGAGGAAGAGCAGAAGGCAACCAGACUAGAGAAGGAACUGCAAACACAGACCACAAAGUUUCACCAGGACCAAGACACAAUUAUGGCGAAGCUCACCAAUGAGGACAGUCAAAAUCGCCAGCUUCAACAAAAGCUGGCAGCACUCAGCCGGCAGAUUGAUGAGUUAGAAGAGACAAACAGGUCUUUACGAAAAGCAGAAGAGGAGCUGCAAGAUAUAAAAGAAAAAAUCAGUAAGGGAGAAUAUGGAAACGCUGGUAUCAUGGCUGAAGUGGAAGAGCUCAGGAAACGUGUGCUAGAUAUGGAAGGGAAAGAUGAAGAGCUCAUAAAAAUGGAGGAGCAGUGCAGAGAUCUCAAUAAGAGGCUUGAAAGGGAGACGUUACAGAGUAAAGACUUUAAACUAGAGGUUGAAAAACUCAGUAAAAGAAUUAUGGCUCUGGAAAAGUUAGAAGACGCUUUCAACAAAAGCAAACAAGAAUGCUACUCUCUGAAAUGCAAUUUAGAAAAAGAAAGGAUGACCACAAAGCAGUUGUCUCAAGAACUGGAGAGUUUAAAAGUAAGGAUCAAAGAACUAGAAGCCAUUGAAAGUCGGCUAGAAAAGACAGAAUUCACUCUAAAAGAGGAUUUAACUAAACUGAAAACAUUAACUGUGAUGUUUGUAGAGGAACGGAAAACAAUGAGUGAAAAAUUAAAGAAAACUGAAGAUAAAUUACAAGCUGCUUCUUCUCAGCUUCAAGUGGAGCAAAAUAAAGUAACAACAGUUACUGAGAAGUUAAUUGAGGAAACUAAAAGGGCACUCAAGUCCAAAACCGACGUAGAAGAAAAGAUGUACAGCGUAACCAAGGAGAGAGAUGAUUUAAAAAACAAAUUGAAAGCGGAAGAAGAGAAAGGAAAUGAUCUCCUGUCAAGAGUUAAUAUGUUGAAAAAUAGGCUUCAAUCCUUGGAAGCAAUUGAGAAAGAUUUCCUAAAAAACAAAUUAAAUCAAGACUCUGGGAAAUCCACAACAGCAUUACACCAAGAAAACAAUAAGAUUAAGGAGCUCUCUCAAGAAGUGGAAAGACUGAAACUGAAGCUAAAGGACAUGAAAGCCAUUGAGGACGACCUCAUGAAAACAGAAGAUGAAUAUGAGACUCUAGAACGAAGGUACGCUAAUGAACGAGACAAAGCUCAAUUUUUAUCUAAAGAGCUGGAACAUGUUAAAAUGGAGCUUGCUAAGUACAAGUUAGCAGAAAAGACAGAGACCAGCCAUGAACAAUGGCUUUUCAAAAGGCUUCAAGAAGAAGAAGCUAAGUCAGGGCACCUCUCAAGAGAAGUAGAUGCAUUAAAAGAGAAAAUUCAUGAAUACAUGGCAACUGAAGACCUAAUAUGUCACCUCCAGGGAGAUCACUCAGUCCUGCAAAAAAAACUAAAUCAACAAGAAAACAGGAACAGAGAUUUAGGAAGAGAGAUUGAAAACCUCACUAAGGAGUUAGAGAGGUACCGGCAUUUCAGUAAGAGCCUCAGGCCUAGUCUCAAUGGAAGAAUUUCCGAUCCUCAAGUAUUUUCUAAAGAAGUUCAGACAGAAGCAGUAGACAAUGAACCACCUGAUUACAAGAGCCUCAUUCCUCUGGAACGUGCCGUCAUCAAUGGUCAGUUAUAUGAGGAGAAUGAGGAUCAAGACGAGGACCCUAAUGAUGAGGGAUCUGUGCUGUCCUUCAAAUGCAGCCAGUCUACUCCAUGUCCUGUUAACAGAAAGCUAUGGAUUCCCUGGAUGAAAUCCAAGGAGGGCCAUCCUCAGAAUGGAAAAAUACAAACUAAACCCAAUGCCAACUUUGUGCAACCUGGAGAUCUAGUCUUAAGCCACACACCUGGGCAGCCACUUCAUAUAAAGGUUACUCCAGACCAUGUACAAAACACAGCCACUCUUGAAAUCACAAGUCCGACCACAGAGAGUCCUCACUCUUACACGAGUACUGCAGUGAUACCGAACUGUGGCACGCCAAGGCAAAGGAUAACCAUCCUCCAAAAUGCCUCCAUAACACCAGUAAAGUCCAAAACCUCUACCGAAGACCUCAUGAAUUUAGAACAAGGCAUGUCCCCAAUUACCAUGGCAACCUUUGCCAGAGCACAGACCCCAGAGUCUUGUGGUUCUCUAACUCCAGAAAGGACAAUGUCCCCUAUUCAGGUUUUGGCUGUGACUGGUUCAGCUAGCUCUCCUGAGCAGGGACGCUCCCCAGAACCAAUAGAAAUCAGUGCCAAGCAUGCGAUAUUCAGAGUCUCCCCGGACCGGCAGUCAUCAUGGCAGUUUCAGCGUUCAAACAGUAAUAGCUCAAGUGUGAUAACUACUGAGGAUAAUAAAAUCCACAUUCACUUAGGAAGUCCUUACAUGCAAGCUGUAGCCAGCCCUGUGAGACCUGCCAGCCCUUCAGCACCACUGCAGGAUAACCGAACUCAAGGCUUAAUUAAUGGGGCACUAAACAAAACAACCAAUAAAGUCACCAGCAGUAUUACUAUCACACCAACAGCCACACCUCUUCCUCGACAAUCACAAAUUACAGUAAGUAAUAUAUAUAACUGACCACGCUCACCCUCAUCCAGUCCAUACUGAUAUUUUUGCAAGGAACUCAAUCCUUUUUAAAUCAUCCCUCCAUAUCCCCCAAGACUGACUGAACUCGUACUUUGGGAAGGUUUGUGCAUGAACUAUACAAGAGUAUCUGAAACUAACUGUUGCCUGCAUAGUCAUAUCGAGUGUGCACUUACUGUAUAUCUUUUCAUUUACAUACUUGUAUGGAAAAUAUUUAGUCUGCACUUGUAUAAAUACAUCUUUAUGUAUUUCAUUUUCCAUAACUCACUUUAAUUUGACUGCAACUUGGUGAAAUACUUUAACAUUAUAAAACAGUAAAUAAUUUGUUAUUUUUA